GGUAAACGUAAGUAAAUUUAUUCCAUCGCGCAGGCAGUGAGCAUAGGCUUCCCCAGAGUGUCGCGGAAAAUCUGGAGAAGACCCUUCGUUGCUUGCCUGUUGGCCCCCCCUGAUAAACGACUCUUUUGUCCAAGCUCCUGGAUUUAUCGUCAACCUUUUUCACUGCUGGUAACAGUGUUUCCGGCUGGUCGGCUACUUGUUUUUUCGUAUUUCGGAUCAACCGGAAACUGCUCUCUAUUAUUCCCGUGAGGCAGUUAAAAGCACACGGUACGAAGAUGUCUGCCGCCACGCAUUCUCUUCCUUCAGUUGAAAGUGACAGCGUUCCGAGUGCCUCGACAUCCAUGGUCAGCUUGCUGGAGCCAGUGCGAAUUAUGGAGUGCGAGACAUGCACGAAAAACACCAGUACGGUCAACACGAUGCUGACCGUCAUGCAGCAGCAAGCGGCUACCAUCCGGGAUCAACAGGCUACCAUCAGUAAUCUGUUAGCUGUUCUGGGGAACAUCGAACAAACCCCGAAAAAUGCUCCCAGAAACUCUGCUUCCCCAGCAAAGCCCGUGGGGAAGAAAAUUGUGUCCAUCUCCAAAAAAGCCCGUAAAGCACCGACGGUCACGGGAAGUGUUGUACGUGGGCGUGGACGACCGCGGAAAAAUCUAACAGGACUGCCUACACGAGAGCGCAGCAUAGAAAUAGAAGAUGUUGAUUACGAGCCAGUGGAAGAGAACCAUGUGCAUCAAGACAUACAUCACGACUCUGUAGCACCGGAUGAUGAUACCUAUUUGGAGAACUUAGGAAUGGGUGGUGACGAUACGGUCGAAGUGACGAAAAUUUGGAUCCGCGGCAAUGCUGAUCCCAAGGAUAAAACUCCGUGCCCGCUACCGGAAUGUGCCAAUCGAAAAUUUGCAGCCGCCGACAUCUACUAUCUGCGCCGACAUUUCCAGCAGGUGCACCGCCUUACCCAUCCGAACCCAAUUUUCGUCAUACAGUGCCCGGUGGAGGAUUGUGCCGAGGAAUUCGAUGGAUCGUACCGCGAAAUGCGCAAGCACAUGGCGAAAGAACAUCCGGAUAUUUAUUCCCUUAUCUCUCCUCGUCGCUCACUUCAAAAAGACAGCGAGGAGAUGGAAGCGGUGGAUGGUGUUGAAGAUGUGCCGGAAGAGGCUGAAGGUGUGGAAGGUGAAGCGGCAGAGGAAGCCGCGGCAAUGGAAGAAGGUGAGCCGGCGGAAGAGGCUGCAGCAGCAGAGGAAACGGUUAGCGAAGAGUAGCGUGUGUUUUCUGAAUUUGCUCGUUGUUAAGCAUGAUUUGCUGUAAGUAUAGAUUCCCAGUUGUGCUGCGUUUUAUAGAUAAGUAUUAAAUUGCGCGGUGCGUAAUGUACUUCCUUUAUUUACGCUUUAUCUAUAUUUUUAUAAUUCCGCGAACGUGACCGCAGUGCAUGAACGGAAGUUGUCUUAUAUUAUACUCCUCUGUCUCCUUUAUAUGCACUGCGGUAAAAUUAGAAAAAACAAUAUUACCUA